UUCUCUCUGAGCCUCACCUUUCUCUCUCUUGUUCUCGAUCUCUACGUUCGUCCGACGUUGGAUUCUACUAAUUUGCCAUGGACGACCAAUCUGCCAUUGAUAACCUCUCUGUCAUGGACAAUCUCUCCUAAUCCAUCCGUUACGUCAGAUCUACAG